ACGCGGGGCCCUCUCGCCUGCCUGCCUGCAUCCGGGAAAUCGUCACCCGGAAUCUCUCCGAGCCCGAGAACCCAGAAACUGUUCAGACCCCAGAGAUGGCAUCCCUGCUCACCCUCCAGGAAGAAAACCGCAUCCUGCAGCAGGAACUGUCCCGGGUCGAGGACCUCCUGGCCCAGAGCCGGGCAGAACGGGAUGAGCUGGCCAUCAAGUACAACGCCAUCAGUGAGCGGGAAGAAGAACACAGCCAGGACCUGGAGAAUGCCCUCAUCCGGCUAGAAGAGGAGCGGCAGAGGAGUGCCAGCCUGGUGCAAGUGAAUGCCAUGCUUCGGGAACAACUCGACCAGGCCAGCGCCGCCAACCAAGCCUUGACCGAUGACAUCCGCAAAGUGACCAGCGACUGGACCCGGAGUCGGGGGGAGCUGGAACAACGAGAGGCAGAAUGGCGGCGGGAGGAAGAGUCUUUCAAUGCCUACUUCAGCAAUGAACACAGCCGGCUGCUUCUUCUCUGGAGGCAGGUCGUGGGCUUCAGGAGACUGGUCAGCGAGAUGAAGACUUCCACAGAGAGGGACCUGUCCCAGCUGGGCAUAGAGCUGGCCAGGACCUCCCGGACCAUCCACUCGGCCAGCCUGGGCUUGAGCGGGAGCCUCCGGCUGGCGGAGAGCAGCAGCGAGGCGGCCAUGGAGAAGGCAGCCCUGCUGCGAGCCCAGCUGGAGGAGCAGCUGCGGGACAAGGUGCGAGACAUGAUCCAGCUCCAGGUGAAGAGCGACCUGGAGAAGGCUGAGCUCAGCUCCAGAGUGAACGAGUUAACCUCACUGGUGGAAAAGCUUCAGAACCAAAACUCGGAGAAGGACCGAGCCAACGAGGCCCUGACUCAGAAGGUGGAAGCCUUGGAAGCCGUGCGGCUCCAGGAGCAGGCGGCCAUGGAGGCGGAGGAGGUGGAGGCCCUGAGGAAUGAGUCCGAAGUGCUCCAGCAAACCCUGCGGGGCCUGGCCCAGGCUGUCCUGUCCGACACAGACAGUGGUAUCCAGAUGGGCGGGCUGGAGCGCACCCCUGAGGCCUCGGACGGCAGUCUGCGAGGCCUCUCUAGCCUGCGCACCCCCUCCCCACUCCGGCGCUCUUCCCCCCGGCCUAGCGGCUCCCCUCGCCCCAGCCUCUCCCCAGCCUUCUCUGACUCUACCCUCGCCUUGGUCCACUCUGCUUUGCACAAAAGACAAAUGCAGGUCCAGGAUAUGCGAGGGCGCUAUGAGGCGAGCCAGGACCUUCUGGCCUCCCUGAGGAAGCAGCUGGCGGACAGUGAGGCUGAGCGCCGGAGCCUGGACAAGCAGGUGCUACAGCUUCGGGACUUGGCUGAUGGUGCGGCCCAGGCCAAGGAAGAUGCCCUUCGAGAUGUGCAGAGGCUGCGUAGUGCCCACGACCUCCUGAGCAGCGAGAAGGACGGGCUGGUGCGGAGCCUGGCGGCCAUGCAGAUGCAGGUGGAGAUGCUGCAUCAGGAGAAAGAGAAGCUACAGCUGGCCCAGGAUGAGCUCCAGAGGCAGAAGGACCAGCUGGAGGAGGAGAAGGAGGACAUCGCCCAGGACAGAGAGAGAUUUCACAAGGAAGUAGACCGGGGUCACAAACAGCUGGAACAGCUGGAGGUGAAGAAGUCAGGGCUGAUGAAAGAGCUGAUCGUGGCCAAGGAGACCCUGAGCAAAGCCACUCUGGCCAAGGAGGUGAUGGAGGCUGAGAAGAUGGAGGUGACGGAGGCGCUGGCCAAGGUGGAGGCCAACAGGGCUGAGCUGGAGCUGUCCCUGAACAAACUGAAGGGGGAGGAAGUGUCUCUACGGGAUUCCUUGUCCAAACUGAGCGCCCUCAAUGAGGGCUUGGCCCAGGACAAACGGGAACUGAACCAGCUGGUCUCCAAGCUGGAAGAGGAACGGGGAACCCUCCUCAGCCAGAAGCGAGAGGCUGAGCAGGAGAAGGUGGCCGCCCAGGAACAGCUGGCUCAGCUGGAGCAGGAGAAGCUGGUGCAGGAGGCGGAGAGGCAGAGCCUGGAACGCUCCCUGCAGACCGCCGAGCUGGCGCGGGAGGCCCUGGACCACCAGCUGCCCGCCCUCCAGAAGGAGCGUACCCAGCUAGAAGACCAGCUGGCACAGCUGUCCAGACAGCUCGGAUCGCAGCAGGAGGAGCUGCAGAGAGCUCAGAGAGAUGGGGACCGGCACGGCGAGGCGCUGGAGCGGGCUUUCCGGGAAAUGGAGUCCCUGACCAAGGAGCGGGCCAGCCUGCUGGUCCAGCUGACCGCCUCCGAACGGGAGAACCAAGCCCUGACUGAGGAGGUAGCUGGCCUACGCUCCGAGAAGGAAACCCUGGAGACCAGCCUGUUUGAUGCCCAUCGGCAGCUCAGCCAGAUGGAGGCUCGCCGGGAGCAGCUGGAGGCUGAUGUGCAGGGCUUGUUGCUGGCCAAGGAGACUCUGACCGGGCAGCUAGUGAAUCUGCGGCGGCAGAUGGAGACUGAGGUGCAGAAACUUGUGCGGGACAAAGAACUGCUGGCCCAACAGCUGGUCCAGGUGGAGCAGGAGGCCCAGGCCACCCUUCGAGGAGAACAGGCAGCCCAUGAUGAAGACGUAGAGCGCCUGCGUCAGGAGAAGGAGGCGGCCCGACGGGAGCUAGAAGCAGAGCGGACAGAGCUCCUGCACCGCCUGAACCAGGAGCGAGAGGAGCUCUUGGCCCGGCUGGAAGCAGAGAAGGAAGAGCUGAGUGAGGAGAUCACCGCCCUGCAGCAGGAUCGGGACGAAAGCCUCUUGCUGGCUGAGAAUGAGAAACAACAGGCCCUGUCCCUAAAGGAAUCAGAGAAGACAGCUCUGUCCGAGAAGCUUUUGGGUACCCAGCAGAGCCUGGCCACCCUCUCCAUGGACCUGGAAAGGCAGAAACGAGACUCCUUGGCCCGCCAGGAGCAGGACCGGAGCACCGUGAAUGCCCUGACGUCCGAGCUGCGGGACCUCCGGACUAAGUUUGAGGAGGCCAUCAACAGCCACGAGCGGGAGGUGAAGGCACUCCAGGAGCAGGCCCGGGACCUGGGCCGACAGCGGGAAUCCUGCCUCCGAGAGGCUGGGGAGUUGAGGAACCAGCUCCGGAUGCUGGAGGAUUCCCGGGACGGGCUCCGGAAGGAGCUGCUGGAGGCCCAGCGGAAGGUCCGAGAGGGACAGGAGGGGAGGGAGGCCCAGCGCCAGGAGGCCCUCGAGCUGCGCCGUAGCCUGGGCGACAGCACCAAGGAGAGAGAAGCCUUGAGGCGCUCCAACGAGGAGCUGAGAGCUGCUGUCAAGAAGGCAGAGAGCGAGCGUAUCAGCCUGAAGCUCGCCAACGAGGACAAGGAACAGAAAUUGGCUCUGCUGGAAGAGGCUCGGGCAGCCUCAGGCAGGGAGGCGGGAGAACUGCGGACGGGGCUGCAGGAAGUCGAGCGGUCAAGGCUUGAGGCCCGGCGGGAGCUGCAGGAGCUCAGGCGCCAGAUGAAGGUACUGGACAGUGAAAAUGCCAAGAAGACCCAGGAGCUGGUGGAGGUGCAGGGCCGGGUGGCCUUGAUCCAGCAGCUGGAGAAGGAAGCCCGGAGGGAGGCUUUUGGCCUCAAGCAGAAAGUUCUGAAGGGAGAAGUUGCUCUGGAUGGGACCAAGCAAGAGCUCCUGGCGACUCAGAGGAAACUUUUGGAGGUGGAGCAUGGGUUCCAGGCCCGAGAGCGAGGCCUCCUGGGCUCCCUGGAGGAGUCACGGGGCUCUGAGAAGAAGCUUCUGGACAAUGCUCGGAAUCUGGAGCUGAAGCUGGAGAGGACACAGGCUGAAGCUGGGGAGUUGGGCCUCCGGCUGAGUGCCGCCGAGGGCCGGAUACAGGGCCUCGAGAUUGAGCUGUCCCGCAUUGACGCGCAGCGGCGGGAAGCUGAGUUCCAGCUGAACAGUCUUCGCUCGGCCCUGCGUCGCACCCUGGGCAUUGGAAGGAUGAACUCCUCUCAGUCCCCAUCCCCACCAUGUGGAGGCUAGGGUUCCAGUUGCUCCAGCUCCCCCGAACGCAACCAUCACUCCUGCACCACCUCCCCGGAACCCAGGGCUUCCCCACCUCCCAAUGUGGACCUGGACCCCGAGUCGGUGCGGGCUGCCUUGAGACAGUUCCUGAAGGAGCUUCAGGAUGCCCAGCGAGAGCGGGUGCGUGAGGAGUGUGCUGACCAGCUCCGGGCCAUGUACAGUGUUGCUACCGAGAUGCAUAAAUAG